CAUCCAAAUUCAGAGCUUCAGGCAAUAUGUUGCAUCUCAUUGCAUUCGCAUUUUUGGCUUUCGGAUCCAUCGCCUAUGGUGGUGUACUCCCUCGGGGGCUAGUUCCAGUUUCGAAUGGGCGGAUCUACGGUGGUAAAGAGGCCAAACUGGGGCAGUUCCCGUAUCAGGCCAGUAUGCGAUACUUCGGGCUACAUCGUUGCGGGGCAUCCAUUUAUCGUCACGAUGCUGUCCUUCUUGCUGCUCACUGCACUCACGAAUUACCAGCUGACCUGAUGGAGAUAGCUAUGGGAACAAUAUACCGGAAUCGAGGAGGAGAGGAGCGAUGGAUACGUUUGAUCAUACAACACAAAGAUUUCGACCCGGAGACCUACAAAAACGAUAUUGCGAUAAUUAUAAUGGAAAGAUCUGUGGACUUCAGCGAUACUAUCCAACCCAUACCUUUGGCAAGCAUCGGCGAGGACUUGAAGGCUGGAACUUUGGCUACGGUAACCGGUUGGGGAAUUAUGAAUGAUGAAGGACAUUUACCAGACAUUUUUCACUACGUGAAAAUUAGGAUUGUAGACCAUGCCGAAUGUGUUCAAGUCUAUAAGGACCUUAACCCGGUGGAAGAUCAUAUGCUUUGUGCGGGUGAACCGGAAGGAGGAAAGGAUGCAUGCGACGGAGACUCUGGUGGACCAUUGGUUGUUGAGAAUAAGCUCUACGGUAUAGUUUCUUGGGGGGAUGACUGUGCUAAGCCAGGAGUUCCCGGUGUGUAUACCAGUGUUGCAGCUUUCCGCUCUUGGAUUAAAAGCCAAUACGAAUGAGCAAGAUUGUCUUUCAAGGAUUCGAAUAGAGUGAUAUUUUUGUAGUU